AUGUCAGUCGUUGGCAAACCGAUGCAUUACAUCAAUGGUGGCCGACUUGAUCCAGAAAAUGAUGAGGAGAUGAUUGAUGUGAUUCAGCCAUCAACAGGAAAGGUCUUAAGACAGAUGAGACCAGCCUGCAAAGAAACAGUUGACAAAGCAGUCAAAUGUGCCAAAGAUGCCUUCAAAGAAUGGCGCUUGUUGGCACCUUCUGAAAGAGGCAGAAUACUGUUAAAGGCAGCUGCUUUACUCAGGGAAAGAGUUGAGGAAGUGGCAGAAAUGGAAGUGUUAAACAAUGGCAAAACAAUAUUUGAGGCCAGGUUUGAUAUUGAAGAUUCUGCUGGCACGUUGGAGUUUUUGGGUGGCAUUGCAACAACUGAACUUGCUGGUCAACACAUGAGACUUCCCGGUGGAUCCUUUGGCUACACAGUUCGGGAACCGCUGGGAGUUGUUGUGGGCAUUGGGGCAUGGAAUUACCCCUUUCAAACAGCAGUGUGGAAGUCUGCCCCGGCACUUGUUUGCGGCAAUGCAAUGGUCUACAAACCUUCUGAGUUCACACCCGUCACAUCCUUAUUACUGGCCGAGCUGUACAAGGAUGCUGGCGUCCCAGAUGGCGUUUUUAAUGUCGUUCAAGGCAAAGGUCAAGUAGGGCAAAUGUUGUGUGAACAUCCUGACGUGGCAAAAGUUUCACUUACUGGAAGUGUACCAAGUGGUGUCAAAGUUUACAACUCUUGUGCUAAAGAUAUAAAAUGCCUGACCCUCGAAUUAGGAGGCAAGUCGCCACUGAUCAUGUUUGAAGACUGUGACCUGGACAAUGCUGUUAAAGGGGCUCUCAUUGCUAACUACCUUAGUCAAGGACAGGUGUGCACAAAUGGAACGAGAGUUUUCGUGCACGAAUCCAUAUACGAUAAGUUUGUGGAGAAGUUGUUGGCUGCCGUGAGGAGAAUUAAGAUAGGUGAUCCGAUGGAUGAGGAGACGAGAGUUGGUGCCACCAUCAGCAAGAGGCAGUUUGAUAUCGUCAUGGGAUUCGUUGACCGAGCCAAGAAGCAGGGUGCUAAGGUUUUGUGUGGAGGCGAGAGGGUCGACCUUGCGGGGCCGCUAUCAGGUGGCUACUACAUCAGUCCCUGUGUUCUAGGAGAUGUCACAGAUGGCAUGGAGGUUGCCAUCAAUGAAGUGUUUGGUCCUGUCAUGAGUUUGUUGAAGUUCAAGGAUGAGGUGGACGUCGUACAGAGGGCCAACAACUCUUUGCUGGGACUGGCCGCUGGUCUCUUUACUAAAGACUUGAAAAGAGCGCAUGAGGUGGCCUCAAAGUUGGAAGCGGGCUUCGUGUGGAUCAACACGUACAGCUGGCUGCCUGCUGAAAUGCCGUUUGGCGGUGUGAAGAGGUCGGGCAUCGGAAGGGAGAACAGCAAGGAGGUCCUCAACUACUACACUAACUGGAAGUCUGUCUACGUCGAGUUGAAUGACGUUGCUAGUCCCUUCUGAUUGGACAGUUGACGUUGCUUGUCCGUUCUGAUUGGACAGUUGACGUUGCUAGUCCGUUCUGAUUGGACAGUGGAUUUGAGUUUAAAAAUUUUUUUGUAAUACAUAAUGAUAUGGCGUUUAUGCUCAAGUGUUGAAGCUAGCUGUUGAUAUUAUUAUAGUGAUUUUUUGCAGUUUCAUUGAUAAUUGAUAGAGAGGGAGAGCAAUGACAUGAGGAACGUUCUACAAUGAGAUAGAUAGCAUAGAUAGAGAUAAAUAGCAUGUUUCGCCUGAUUGGUUGCAGUUUGUCAAUUAAUAUGAAACCAGCUUUCUGAUUUUUUAUCUGUACUUUUAAAUCCUAAUGUAUAUUUUUUAUACAUACUUGCCUUACAUUAUAUUUCCUUUAAUCAAUUGUUGUUAUCAAACCUUUC